AAUGACACCAAGGUAGUGCAGUUCUUGUACCAGAAUAAUCCUGCACCUGUAGUCCAGCCUGGCUUGGGGGACCUUGCAGUCAUCAUGCGGCUUGCAUUGGAUUCAACCUACAAUGACUUCUAUGGCGCUCAGGAUUACCCUGUUGUGAAGUACUUGCGAAGACCCUUGUAUUUUGAGGUAGAGAUCCUGUACAGCAGGGAUCCACAGGCUGAAUUGUUUUUGGAGAACUGCUGGGCAACCUAUUCUGCUGACAGGAAUAGCUCUCCAAAGUGGGAUGUUGUUGUGGACAGUUGUGAGAACUCUGCAGAUGAGUACUUGACCGUCUUUCACCCAGUCUCCAGCAAUGCAAGAGUGCUGUUCCCUUCCCAUCUGAAGAGGUUUGAAGUGAAAAUGUUUUCCUUCAAGCGGCCUGGGAUGCACUGA